AUGGCUUGCAGGAGCAUGCUUCGUUCAGCGAUUAUUGUGGAACCAUUACAAUUUCAAUUCCAAUUCAAACCCUUACUUUUUAAUUUGAAUCCGAAUAAGCGAGGAGGAUUUCGGUGCAAAACCGUUAAGGCUCGUUCGUUUCACCGUGGCGGUGGAGGAGUUCUCCGUUGCUCUCAUAACGAUAAGCCGUCGUUUCAGGACGAUCAAAGUCCUCCUCAAGAAGCUGUGUUGAAGGCCAUUUCAGAGGUAUCUAAGACAGAAGGGAGGAUUGGGCAAACUACGAAUAUGGUUAUUGGAGGCACCGUGACUGAUGAUUCUACUGAUGAAUGGGUUGCUUUGGACCAAAAGGUGAAUUCAUACCCAACUGUUAGGGGGUUCACUGCAAUUGGAAGUGGUGGUGAAGACUUUGUGCAAGCUAUGAUUGUUGCCGUUGAAUCUGUAAUCCAACAGCCGAUUCCUCAGGGAUGUGUGAAGCACAAGCUAUCAACAAUGGGGAAAUAUGUGUCUGUAAACAUUGGGCCAGUCCAAGUUGUUUCCAGCGAACAGGUCCAAGCUGUAUAUAAUGCUAUGAGGAGGGAUGACAGGAUGAAAUACUUUUUAUAG